UGAAUAAACAAACUGAGAAAACACAGAAAAUAGAGAGAGAAAACAUUGAGAGAAAAGUAAAACAGAGAAAAUGGGCAGAGCUCCUUGCUGUGAAAAGCUUGGAUUAAAGAGAGGUCCGUGGAGCAAAGAGGAAGAUGACUUACUCAUCAAUUACAUUAAUAAACAUGGCCACCCUAAUUGGCGUGCACUUCCCAAACUUGCAGGUUUGUUAAGGUGCGGAAAAAGUUGUCGUCUCCGAUGGACUAAUUAUUUGCGACCUGAUAUUAAGAGAGGAAACUUUACUCCUGAAGAGGAAAACACCAUUAUCAAGUUGCAGUGGUCUGGAAUUGCAGCAAGGUUACCAGGACGAACAGAUAAUGAAAUAAAAAACAUUUGGCAUACUCGUUUGAAGAAGAGAGUGGAUGAUAAAUCUCAACCUCAAGAAACUCAGGACAUACAAGAUCAACAACCCAUGGAAAUAACGUCAAAAUCCGAGGAAAAUUUUGAAACACAUUCAUCUGAACCUGAAAAUUCUAAGGAUAAUUCUGAAGAAAUAUCAAGUCCUAAAACAAACUUCCAGAUUCAAGAACACCCAAAUUCUUCGUCGUCAACAUCAUCUAGUAGAGAUUCAUGUUCAAACACAACUGCUACGAGUACGAGUUCUCUUGCUGAUGAAUCAAGAGAUCAAAUAAUGUUGGACAAUUUGAUUGAAGUUGACGACAAUUUUUGGUCCGAGGUACUAUGGGCACCAGCUGAAACUAAUGACUAUAAUGUUUCAGAUUUGUCAUUAUCUUCAUUGGAGGAAAAUUACGAGCUUAAUUCCAGCUUGAAUGAUAACUGGUUUUGGGAUGAUCUUUUUUCAACAGCAAAAAAAAAAAAAAACAUAGCUGAGUUCCUUUUUUAUUCUUUUUCUUUUUUUUGGGGGGGGGCCUUUUUUGGGGUACAAUAAUUGAGAGCACGGAAGCAAAUUUUAAAAGCUAGUGACCAAAAGUUUUGUGACAAUAAAUCAUGAUUAGUUGAAUGAUCAUUGAAAGUUCGUCAUUACUUAUA